ACGGGCGUCCUUACGGAAGCCAAUGCACCCUGCUGGGUUUAAAAGUUACUCUUUAGAAUUUAUAAUUUCGCUAUUUUAAUGACGCUUCGGGAAGGAUAUCUGUGUUUGUUGUAAUCAUGUCAGAAGAAGUCCUGCUGGCUCGUGUGAAGGCUUUGGAGGAAGAGGUGGAGAGACUGAAAGCUCAGCUGAAAAUAGAGAGAGAUGGAGCUGGGACAGAGGAGAGGACUCAAACAUCAGCCAUUCUCCAAACAGAGAGCUCCAAACAUCAGGAAGGUGGAGAGAACCGAUCCAAACAGAAGAAACAAGGAGCAGAGAGGCCCUUCGACUUCUCUGCCUAUCCUCGCAGACAUGUGGCACUGCGGCUGGCGUAUCUCGGCUGGCAAUAUCAGGGCUUCGCUGUCCAGGAAAACACAGACAACACCGUUGAAGCCCGGCUUUUUGAGGCACUGCUGCAGACUAAACUGAUCCAGGACCGACAGACCUCCACCUAUCACCGCUGCGGCCGCACAGAUAAAGGAGUCAGUGCUUUCUCUCAGGGUUCUCACAAACUCUAUGUCUUCCAGGUCAAAGGUCUUGCUUUCCUCUAUCACCAGGUUCGCUGCAUGAUGGCUUUGCUGUUGCAUAUUGGACAGAAGCUUGAAGCUCCAGAAAUCAUUGAUCAGCUGCUGGAUGUGGAGAAAAACCCAAGGAAACCUCAAUACAGUAUGGCGGUGGAUUACCCUUUGGUGCUGUAUGACUGCCACUUCGAGGGUGUGAAUUGGAGGAAUGAAACGGAGGAGGAGAACCACGUCCUGAACUCUCUGCACCAACACUGGGUUCAGAACGCAGUGAAAACCCAAGUUCUGCUUGGCAUGAUCCAAGGCCUUCAGAAAACAAACCCAGAGAUGACAUCUCUGCAUUGUUGGCUCAUGGAGGGCUCCAGGCAGAGGAAGUACCAGCCUCUUCUGGACCGGCCGCGCUGUGAGAGUUUGGAGUCCAGGAUCCAGCACUUCGUGAAGAGAGGAAGACUGGAGCAAGAAGAAGGAGAGAACGGGGAGGAGACGACUGUUUUCAGGGGGAAAAGAUCAAAACAUUCCCAUCUGACAACAACAAACCAAAUCCAGGAGCAAAACCAUGGAGCAAAAACCGAGGUGCCUAUUACAAAACCUUAAAACAUACUGUGCAAAAUAAUAUGAAUAAUAUGAAUUUAACUUUGUUCUCUUAGCAGCACAAUUACUUAAUUUUCUGUUUUGCCAAAGAAACUCUUUUAUUAAAGGAUUGCUCCAUGUGUUCUGAUCGUGUGUGAAUUUGAAUUUGAAAUGAGAUGAUAUUGCUCAUAUAUAUAUAUAUAUA